AGUAAUCAUCAGAUUUCCUUUGUUUUUAUAACCGAUCGGCUUCUUUCGAAAAAAAGGGUCCUCUUACUGCAGAAAAAAACAUUAGAUUAUUUUCUCUCUUUUUUUCGCAUUCCUCACAGAAAAAAAGUGACUAAGAAAAUUCGGAUUCUAUGCUAGGAAAAAAUUGAAAAAAGUUCGAACUUUAACCGCAAUCCUGAAACCGGAAAAGGAAAAUCGCUCAGCCGUGGAUCACUUAAGCGAAGGAGGGCGAACGGCGGUCUCCAGGACCCGAAAAACGCGCCGUAAGAAAUCCAGAAACUCGGUCGGAAAGGCAAAGAUGGCAAGUUCGGCGGAAUUUAAUAAGGAGACGCAAAAAAUGGGGCAAAUUGCCUCGGUUCACUUGCCCAGUUCUGCCCCGGCAAUUUCAAAUCAGAAUUUAUCUUCUCAGCCGAUGCGUCCCAGGUCACUUUACACGGCCCACAGUUAUCACGCUCAACCCGAGGAGAACUUUCAGAGGUAUGGUGAAUUUUCAAAGUACUUCGAGACGCCUCCUUCGGACCAGUGGAAUGGAAUUGGGCCCACAACCUAUUCAUCUUCAGCUGCCGUUUGGCGACAACCCAGAAAUCCAAAAUCGAUUUCAAUCCCCUAUUAUGCCACGGAGGAGGCUUGUAUUUAUACAGAAAAUUGGCGAGAUCAUGAUACGGAUGCAACUGCGGGAGCAGCAGUUGCAACUCCACAUGGGACUAUUUCUUUGAGACUUCACAAUCGAAUCCGAGUCGAUAUGACGAUCGAUCGGGCCGUCAGGGUCAUUAAUUUCAAGAAUAAUAUUGUCCUGGCCUUGAGCGGUUCCGGAGCUGCAGCAGCCCUUUUGCACCCCAACGGAAGAAUUUACCAAUAUGGUUCUCGGGUAGAAAUCCUGGCUCACGAUACACACGGCAAUAACAAAUACGCGAAGAUGUGGUACAAGGGCGUCAGUUUCACUUCGGAACUUUGCGCUCUUGUUUACCUCGUGGAUGCCGCGGGAACCAGGACUACGACGGAUUCCUUUUCUGAUAUGAGUCAGAUUUACUCCCAAAUUACAAAAUAUUUUUGGCCAAAAACUUGGGAAAAGCAAAAAAAACAUAAGAACGAAUGUCCCGGAUCUAAUCUUGUUUCUAGACAACAUCGAAUCGCGAGGAAUAGCAACAAAUAUCAGCUGCGAACGUCGCCCAGUAACGGAACAGCUUCUCUCACAACCCCAUUCCUGCAUUGCACCGCCUCUCUCGGGCAAACCUCGCACUUAUUUGUGCGCCGCGGCGAGCGAAGAAUGCACUACGACGGCACGAGUUUCAUCGUGAGAAACGCCGGUCACAGCGCCGGUUUCGACGACAACAACCAGCUCAAGGUUUACUAAAAUUCAGAAGGUUCGCCGGCCGGAAGAAUUUUGACUCUUGUCAAGUCCGCCUGAGCAUCUGCAGGACAACAGUUAAUCAAUUAUCAUCGUGCGUUUGAUUGAAAGGCGCCAUCGCGCGCCCCUCGCGGAGGAAAAGAGAAGCUCGUGAAAUGAGAAGCUGUAGACUUGCCGAUCUUUUUUUUUUACGUUUAGAAAUUUAAUUGAAUUGAAGAGUUUUCCGUGAGGGAAUAAAUAAAGCCUUACCU